CUCGAAAGUUGAAACCAACCCUAGGAAAUCCCCCAAACAUGAGACCAGGCGAGCGGCGGCGGCGGCGGCGGCGGCGGUGAAGCCAGGGAUUCCAGCAAGAGAUGGAGGGGGAUUCCGGCAAGAAGACGGAGAGCGAGUCCGGGAAGGGGACGGAGAUGGAGGGGGGACUCGGGAAGGAGACGGAGACGGAGAGCGAGUCCGGGAAGGGGACGAAGAAGAGAUUCUGGCGAUGAGAUGGACAGAUAUUCGGGGUCCCUCAUAAGUAUGGAGCCCCAAUUAGGAAUCAGCAAGGGGACGGGGAGGGAUUCCAGCAAGGAGCCGGCGAGAGACGUCGGCGGCAUGGAGAUUGGUCACGACGACUCGGUUGUUGCUCUUUCUAGCCACCUUGAGAUGCUUAGGAGGGAGAUCUCGUUUCUGAUGAGAGAGGUCACGUCCAGGGGGUUGUUGCCUGCUGGAAAGAAGAAGGUUUCUCAAGAGCAGAUCUCCAGCUUGUCCGUCCAGUUCAAGGAGAUGCGCACGCAACAACUCAAGGAGGUGAAUUUGCCUUACCUAGGUUGCAAUACUGGGGAGGAGGUAAUGGAUUUUCUCUUGGUCGAGACGCAGCAGCUGCUCUUCCGCUUCACCUCUCUCGCAUCCACUCUAAAAACAUUCAGAGUCCCCAUCUCACCGGACAAGGUUGAAAAGCUGCGCCGCAUAUCCACUGCGCUUGUGGGCAUAUCGGAGCUUAUAAAGAGCCACAAAUCUGCUGCUCAAAUGGACGUUGAAGAUUGUUUGGACCGUGACGGCUGGGAGGCUACGUGGGGCAGCCGGACCGGAAGAAACGGUGGAUUUGAUGACAUAACAACAUUGAGUUCUAUGCACUUCACGGCCUCCACGCCCGAAAACUUCCGGUUCCCUUCCGUAGCUGGCCCUGCCUUGCAAGUAUACUCGAUCAAACUGGUUGAUCUCAAUCCUAAUCUGAGCUGGCCUCUUGAUGUCUACGGCGUGGUCGCCGCACGGGACGAUCUUGACCACAACCGCAACAUUCUCUUCUGCCGUUCAGGGGAAAACUGCCAAAGAAUUAAGCAAGAGGACCCUUUUUUGCACUUGACUGGCCCAUCUCGUGCAAUUGUGGCUGACGAGCCUGUUUUCUUUCAAAUUGAAUUAAAAUUGAAAUAUGGAGCACAGUUCAAAGAUACAGCAUUGUUCAUUGCCUAUCAAAGGUACCGCCCCAUGAAGAAGUAUGACAUCAUGCUGAUCAAUAGCCGCUGUUGUACAGCAGAGAUAAGUCUUGAGCGAUUUGCUCCAUCAAUCCAGGCCACAAUUGUUGGUGUUCGUGUGGUUGAAGGGGAGUCUUUUAACUAUGGAUGCAAAGUUUCUUGCUUCUUUUUUCGUGUUGAAGCAAUGUUGGGAAGCGCCGUGGAAGUUGUUUUGCUUGACUGCAGUGGUGAAAGGAUGCAUGCUGGAUUAGAUGGGUAUCUUAGUUUGUCAAGAAAUGUGAUGUCAGUGGGAUUGCAGGGCACACUCCGAGUUGUCAUAGGAGCAUACUCAAAGUCCAAACCCAGUAUCUCUCGAAUAAAUCACGUUGACUUUCCUGUCCAGCAGUGUCAAACAACUAUGCUUAAGUGUCAUGUUGGCGGCUCCGAAGUGGAGAUAGUUGUCGCUUGGUCUCGUCUUGUCAUGGACAAUCAUGAUCUUGUACUCGACGGCUAUUGAAGGUGUGUGGAGUGGCCGUGACUCAGUCUUUUACCUCGAUUUGUGAGCUUAGCUUAGACUUGUUUAAUAGAGUGUGCCAU